AGCAGCUCCUACAGGUCACUCGCCUUGCUGCAGACAGACGCCUGUGUCUCCCCGCGACACCCACCGGUACAAGCGGAAGGAAAAAGUCCCAAUCAGUCUUGCCAACGUGUGUGAGUCGUGAGUGCAAUCCCUCGACCAUGACGUCAUCAUCUCUGCGUGCCGCCGUGUUCCUGUGUGUGCUUGCCCUAGCUGCUGGGGCGAUUGUGAAACGAUCGCUUGAUGAUGGGUCGGCGAUGAAGAUGGUUUGUGAGCGCAACAUAGAUGUUGACUGCGCACGCCCUGUGGAAAAUGCUCAGUCCUGUACAGUGGAGGUCGUCAACGUACCCAUAGCAACCACCUUUGAGACUGGCUGCUCCACUUUCGGGAGAGAUCUCCCGUACGACAGUCAGGCAAUUUCCAAAAUGGCCCUGGGCACAUACAAGUACUAUCAUUGCUCGUGCGCUAGAGUUGUGGGGAGGGGCGGGUACCAAUGCUCGUGCCAGUACACGGAAGAGCAGUACCAGGAAUUACUCCAUGAGGCCCAGAAUUAAUGAGGAAUCCGCGGCAGAAAGCUAACAGCGGGGGUCUUCCAAUAACGACCGUUGGCGUUCUAUAAUAAUAAUAAUAAUAA